AUGCCUGGCCUGGCGAGAAAGCUGCUCAUCAUUGCGGCCGUGGACGGCUUGAUCCUCCAGCCGUACCAUAACAACACCCGCUCGUCCGCCAAUCUAGUACAGGUUGACUACAAGACACACCACAUCCACUCGCCGGCGAGGGUCUCAAACUACCAGUACAAGAAUGACGCCUGCCUGGAGUCGCAUGGCUUGAUUGGAUUACUUUCCGUGGCAUCGUACUCGUUCCUAAUAUCAAUUACCCAGCGCCAGCAGGUGGCGCAUAUUCUGGGGAAACCGAUCUUUGUGAUAACUGGGGUUUCUAUUAUCCCUUUAUCGGGCCAGGCUGAAGCUUCUAAAGCAAUAAGGCAGGCACAGCGAGCGUUGGAGAAUAGCCCGGACGCCUACGAGCUAUCAGAUAGCGAGUCAGAUAAUUCCGAAGACUUCCUGGCUGAUGAACACAAUAACUUCGAUGCUAUAUCCCCGGAAGGUGACCUAUACCCGCCAGUUGAUGAGCCUAGCAACGAAAUCAGUAUUGCGGAAGAUGUUAUCAAAAAGCGAGGGCGGUAUGGCAGAUUUACAGCGGAGUGGUUUGCAAGAAAAGGAUGGGGAAGUAUCGGGUUGCCAGAUUCCAGGAGACGGUCUCUUAUUUCAUCCAGCGAUGGUUCUGUCCACGCUGAAUCCAUGGAGCUAAAGAACCUAGGAGCUGAUGCUCUUGAUGGGCUGGAAUCCAAGGAGACCAGCGAAAACACCGCCGUGACAGACGCCAGAACCCAUGACUUGUUGCCGAAGCUGUUAAAGUACACUAAAAUGAUGUUCGGAUCCCGGAGCUUCUACUUUUCAUAUGACUAUGAUAUUACUAGACGGUUUGGUCCGGUAGAUCCAGCUUCAACACAUGUUCCUCUAUGUCACCAGGCCAACCCAUUGGCUAACAAGCCUGAAUUUCAACAGUACUUUUGGAAUAGACACUUGAUGAAACCUUUCAUGGAUAGUGGGAGGCACACAUUUACCCUCCCAAUAAUGCAGGGUUUUAUCGGACAGCAUGAAUUUACUGCCGAAAGCGUUAUGCGAUCCAGCCCCGAAGGUGAUAGUCAAGUUAAGUAUCCUGAAGAAAGUGAUGAGAAUACCGGAAAGGCGAGUGAGGAUGCUUCGGUUGAUGGUAAUCGAAACUUUCUUCUUACCCUAAUAUCUCGCCGCUCUGUGCUACGUUCAGGGGUUCGUUAUCUUCGCCGCGGUGUUGAUGAUGAUGGCAAUACUGCAAACUCCGUAGAGACGGAACAAAUAUUGUCAAGUCCUUCAUGGAACCCAGCAGAGAAGGUGUACUCUCUCCUUCAGCUACGAGGAUCUAUACCUCUCUACUUUUCCCAGUCUCCUUAUUAUUUCAAACCAGUCCCAAUCAUGCAUCACUCAGCUCAGACUAAUCUAGUGUCUUUUACAAAGCACUUCCAUGAUGUCCAGAGGCGAUAUGGUAAAGUCCAUGCUGUCUGUCUGGUAGAUAAACAUGGCGUGGAAGUGAAUAUUGCAGAGACAUACGGACGUUACCUAGAAAGUUUUAACAAGGCUGAGACGUCUGAAGAUAAGAAAGUCCCAUACCAGUGGUUUGAUUUCCAUGCGGAAUGCCGAGGAAUGAAGUUUGAGAAUGUCAGCCGCUUGGUGGACAGGAUGUCAGAGACUCUGGUAGAUUUUGGUGACACUGUCGUCCAGAACAAUGCUGUUGUUCGCAGCCAGUCUGGUGUCAUAAGAACCAACUGCAUGGACUGCUUGGACCGCACCGGGGUCUCGCAGUGUGCCUUUGGACAGUGGGCCUUGGAGAAGCAACUCAAAGAAGAAGGCCAUUAUAUUGAUCUUCAAGGGAGUGCUGCCACCCAGUGGUUUAACAUCCUCUGGGCAGAUAAUGGAGACGCUAUCUCAAAGCAAUACUCGUCUACUGCUGCACUGAAGGGAGACUAUACCAGAACUCGGAAACGUGAUUACCGCGGUGCUCUGAAUGAUUUGGGUCUGACAUUGACGCGGUACUAUACCAACAUUUUCACAGACUACUUUUCCCAGGCCUGUAUCGACUAUCUCCUUGGCAACGUGACCACUCGGGUCUUUGACGAAUUUGAAACAAACCUCCAAAGCGCAGACCCUGGGAUAUCCAUGGAGAAAGCCCGCCAGAGUGCAAUCGAAACCAGUUGCCAGAUCGUCAUCAGCGACGAGAACGAGGAGUUUAUCGGUGGUUGGACGAUGCUAAGCCCUCGCCAGCCAAAUACCCUGAGAACUCUACCGUUUGAACAGACCGUUCUCCUGCUUACCAAUGUAGCCGUAUACUCAUGCCGGUUUGACUGCAACACGGAAAAGGUCACAUCAUUUGAGCGUAUCGACCUGACAUCGAUCACUGGCAUCAAGUACGGAACGUACAUCAGCUCUACAUUGACCGAUGCCCAGAGGGACGAGAAGAGGAAUAUGGGCCUGGCAAUUGCCUACCGUCCCGGCACCAGCAACUCUCUACGAGUCAACACAACCUCCCUGCACAGCCUUUUUGCUGAGAAGCCAGAUCCCGCCCCCGAAAACCAGGAUAUAAUCGACUGGGACCUAUCGACUCUCUUCAAGGGCUCAGACCGAUCCUCAACCCACUUCCUCGCGUUCAAAUUGCCGAACACCUCUUCAGCGGUAGCCAGGGCCCCCAAGACUCCCGAGGUCAGCGAGGCUGACGCAGUGCGCGCCAUCUGCGAGGAGAUCGAACGCAUGGUGAACCGGGCCACCCAAUCUCCAUCCAUCCACGCCGAGAGGCCGUCCAUCGUCGAGCAGACUCAGAUCAUCUCAUUGGAGAAUGCUCGGAGACAGACCGGAUACUUUGAGCACCUGUUUUUCGAUAUAAAGAAGCUCGUCUGGGCUUGA